CUGAGGUGGAGCCACUGAGUGACAUCUGGUUCUACCAGGAUGGACUGAUUAAAAACAAGUUGUCCCCAACCAUGAGCCUUCAGGUGGUUGGCAACAUAGAGCCAGCAGCAAAGGUGGUUCUGUGGACAGAAACCCGACAGCCCGUUCAAACCUGGACUGCCCCAAUGAAAGGCCUCAUCACUAGCAAUACUUUCCCUGGCAUGGUCCUGGAUGUUAAAGGUGGCAAAACUUACGACAAGGACCACGUGGUCAUUAUGCCCGAGAAUGAUGAGAGGCCCAGCCAGCAGUGGGAGAUAGAGUUGCUGUAGCCAUCAGCAGCACAGGAACCGAGCUUAUCUUUGCCACUUUGUGAUAUUGUCUUGAUAUUUCAGUAUCCACUCUUGUAUCUGUUUCAUGACUUACUGCAUCUCAGGACAUGCAAUUCCUUCUAAAACCUAUGAGCUAGUUUGAAAUCAGUAUCCAACAGCAAGAAUGCGUAGAAGCAAUAGAUGCCCUGCAAAAGCUGCCCAAGUUGUUUUCAAGGUUUUUUGUUAGUUUGCAUUCAUAGCAUGAAAUGUUUUUUUUGUUUUGUUUUUUGUUUUUAAUCAUUUUCAAAAUGUAUUUUACCAAAGAAGAGUUUAAAUAAGUGCCUUGAUUUGUUUAGUUUUAUUUGGAGCAUGAGUCGAAAAGCAAUGGCAAAUACAUGUUAUUUGUUUGAGGAUGUACAGUGAAAAUUCCGUAUAUGGUUCACACUGUUCUGCGACUUUCAUUUGACCUUCCAGCUGAUCAUUUGUCAACAAUUUGAUUAUCCAGCCUGGGAUUUCCAUGUUUAUUGGAAUCUGGGUUUAUGGGGGCUUUUUUUUUUUUUUUUUUCUGUAGAAGAGGAACAUCAUCUCGUCCUACAUUUGUUUACUAUAAAUCUAAGUUUGAAAUUCAAAUUGCUUUUGGGCAUUUGAUUUCCUGGAAUGAAAACAAAAUGGCCUUCUGGGGUUUAUAGUGAAGCUGGAUGGGUGAAGCCAAAAGGAUGUUUAGUAUUCAAGAAAUGCGUGUUACGCUUUUAAUUUUUUGUUUUUAUAUAUGUAAUAUAAAAAUCCUGUAUGUGUUGUGGGAAAUGUUGCACUUACGUAUACAUGCAUGGUCCAGUGCAAUGAACUGUGCAGUUUCUGUCGAGUUACCGUUUCUUGACAUAUUUUGAUGUAAAUCUUAAUGUGUAUGUUUCUGUGUUCCCUGCUUCAGCUGUAUGUUAAUAUUUGAUACUAAAGAUGUAAUUUCAUGUUAUGUAGGAGGGAAAGGUUUUAAAAUAUUAAAUAUUGAAUAAAAUGAUUGUAGAAAAGAUUACAAAA